AUGGGCGUCUUAAACGCAUUCGUUGCCAUCUCCAGCUUGGCUGCCUUGGCCUGCGGCCAGGUCACGGUCGACACCAGCACGAAGCUGCAGACCAUCGACGGCUUCGGCUUCUCGCAGGCCUUUGGACGGGCCAGAGAGUUCCAGAACGCACCCAAGGCCCUCCAGCAGGAGGCCCUCGACCUGCUCUUCAGCACUACCAAGGGCGCCGGCUUCAGCAUCAUCCGGAACCGCAUCGGCUCCGGCGGCAAAGGCGACAGCAUCCUCCCCACGAGCCCCGGCUCCCCUUCGGGCAAGCCCUCGUACGUCUGGGACAACGACGACCGUGGCCAGGUUUGGUUCACCAAGCAGGCCGUGAGCUAUGGUGUCAAGCAGAUCUAUGCCGACGCCUGGAGCGCCCCUGGCUUCAUGAAGACGAGUGGGAACGAGGCAACCCCCGGAUAUCUUUGUGGCACGACUGGCCACAGUUGCGCCUCUGGCGACUGGAGACAGCCGUACGCCGACUUCCUCGCGCAAUACAUCAAGUACUACCAGCAAUCCGGGCUCAACGUAACCCACGUCGGUUUUCUGAACGAACCUGACUACACUUACUCCCAGAUGCAGAUCAGCUUCAACGGCCAGGAGGCCAUCUCCUUCAUCCCGACGCUGCAUAAGACGCUCCAGGCCGCCGGCCUCAAGACCAAGAUCACCUGCUGCGACGCCGUCGGCUGGGGUUCCACCGUCAAGUACACCAACGCCCUCGUCCCCGCCGGCAUGGAGCAGUACCUGGGCCUCAUCACCUCCCACACCUACUCGGGCGACGCCAACAGCGUCCUGAACACCAAGCUCCCGACCUGGGUCACCGAGUCCGGCAUCACCAAGCCCUUCGACACGACGUGGUACAAGAACGGCGGCCCGACCGAGGGCAUGACGUGGGCCAACAAGAUCGCCGUCGGCAUCGUCAACGCCCGCCUGUCCGCCUACCUCUACUGGGAGGGGUUCGAACUGAGCCAGCUCAGCUCCGACAGCCACCUCGUCGACACGCUCGACGGCAAGACCGCCACGCCCUCGUCCAACUUCUGGGCCUUCGCCAUGUGGUCGCGGCACAUCCGCCCCGGGGCCCAGCGUCUGGCGACGUCCGGGACCAUCGCCGACGUGAUCACCGCCGCCGUCCGCAACACAGACGGCUCCGUCGUCCUCGUCUUCACCAACAACGGCGGCGCGGCCAAGUCCGCGUCGGUCUCCUUCAAGGGGUACGCCCCCAAGACCGCGGCGGCGUAUGUCACCGACAACAGCCGCACGUUCGCCGCCGCGCAGUCCACCAUCUCGGGCUCGGCUGUCUCCGUCUCGGUCCCCAGCAAGGGCGUCGUCACUGUGAAGCUCACGUGA